CCCGCCGCGGGCUGCGCGGGUGCCGGGUGCCCCGGUCCCUGGCGCCGCGCCCGCAUCUCGCCUCCUGCAGCCCGGACUGGCACGGCGAUCCGCUCGCCCAAACUGACUCGAAGAGAGCAGGCACCGCCGAUGCCUGCCUGCACCACGACAGCGGGCGAACGAGCGUCCGGGGCAAGGCGGGGGAGGAGGGGAGACAGAGGCGUCGGAGACUCUGAAUCCCGGAAAAGUUCAAGGUUCGUGCAGCUCUCCCCUCAACCACCCCAGGAAGACGAGGAGCGCGGCGAGGCAGCGCGCCCCUCAGCUUCAGGUGGUGAGCCCUGCGAAGGAAAGGGGUGGCCUGGAGCGGGCGGGCCGAGCCCCUGCCCAUCCUACGUCGUUUGUGAGCGGGAAGCUGCGGUCGACGCCCUGGAUAGGAGGGACUUGCGGCAGGGCGCAUUAGCCGGCUUUCCAGCUCCCUCGCUCCUCCAAGCCCCUGUGGCCACCAGGCACCCCAUUUCGGCCACGCCACCCUCACCCCGGCCGCCGAGCCGCUGCCCGGGGCGGGCCGCGGCGUUGAGCCUGGCCUGCGUCGAGCCCGAGCCCUGAUCGAGGCUGGAGAGAGAGAGCGCGCUGGAGCCCAAGCGCGAGCUGAGCGAGGGGACAGACAACUGGCCGCCCGCCUCGGGCGUUCCGUCUGGGCGUCGGCGGUCUCAGCGCUGCACGGAAACUUUUCCUUCUCCGAGUGGAUUAAAGUUGCCGGGAUUUUUCUCUUUCUUUGCGAAAGAAACCGUUCCUUGGCACCUGACCUGGGAUUUUUAUGCUGAAGCUGCUGCAGGGCGCUCUGAGGAAGAAAGCCGCGCUAUCCAUGUGGGGUUACUUCAGAAACCGAGGGGACUGGGGCCGGCGCUGGAGAGCUGCACCCUCGUGCGACUUCGGACUGGAGCUGGGCCGCGGGCUCGCGGCACUCGGGACUGGGCUCUGAGCGGCCCCCGGCCCCGGGACUGCACGUGCGGCUCCCGGCUGGCUCCGCGGAUCCUGCAGGGGGCACCAGCCUGGGGGCGGCCGAGGCUCCUCCCGCCCGGAGCUGCGCCCCCACCACUUCCGAGGGUGUAGCCGGUGGCGCCUGGGACGCCCCCUCCCCGCAAAGUGUCCCCAAAUUGCACUUGCUUGCCCCCUCCCCCCUACCACACGCCUCAGCAGACAGCUGGGCGCACCGGCCACCCCGAGUUGGAUGUGACCGAGCCUAGCCCGGGGCCAAGUCGUCGUCGGCUGUUGCCCCCUCAGGCCCCUCCCGCCCCCGGCUCGGCCAUGGCCCCGGGGAUGUCGGGCCGCGGCGGCACCGCCCUGCUCUGCCUCUCCGCGCUGCUCGCCCACGCCUCCAGCCGCUCGCACCCGGCCAGCCCCAGCCCGCCAGGGCCGCAAGCUAGCCCAGUGCUGCCGGUCAGCUACCGCCUGUCGCACACGCGGCUGGCCUUCUUCCUGCGGGAGGCCCGGCCACCACCACUACCGCCCUCUGAGGCCAACGGCUCCCUACAGCGCUCCGAGCCCUUCGUGGUGUUCCAGACCAAGGAGCUGCCCGUGCUCAACGUGUCGCUGGGGCCCUUCAGCACAAGCCAGGUGGUGGCACGAGAGCUCCUACAGCCCUCCAGCACGCUGGACAUCCCCGAGCGCCUGACGGUCAACUGGAAGGUGCGGGCCUUCAUUGUGCGCGCCCGCGUGCCUGCCUCGCAACCCGUGGCGCAGGUGCUUUUCUACGUGGCCGGUCGAGACUGGGACGACUUCGGUGUCACUGAGCGCCUGCCCUGCGUCCGCCUGCACGCCUUCCGAGACGCCCGCGAAGUCAAGAGCUCCUGCCGCCUCGCCGGGGGCCUGGCCACGUGUCUCGUGCGGGCCGAGCUGCCCCUAGCGUGGUUCGGACCCCCAGCACCCGCCUCACCACCCUCUGCACGCCGCAAGGCUCCGGAUGGGCUGGAAGCUGAGGCAACCGGGGAAAGUCAGCAGGCAGAGCUCUAUUAUACCCUGCAUGCCCCCGAUGCCACCGGCGGCUGUGGUGGGGCCCGGCGCGGGCCGGUGCCCGGGGCUGGGGCGCGUGCCGAGAGCCCCACGCAGCACCCGCUACUGCGCAUCGGGAGCAUUAGCCUGUUCCGGCCGCCGCCCCGGAGGGCCCUGCAGGAGCACAGACUGGACAGCAAUCUGAUGAUCCGCCUGCCCGACCGACCCCUCAAGCCUGGGGAGGUGCUCACCGUCCUGCUCUACCUGGCUCCCAAUACCUCUUCGGCCUCCAGCCCCAGCGUGGAGCAUUUCACACUCAGAGUGAAGGCCAAGAAGGGUGUGACCCUUCUAGGCACCAAGUCACGGAGUGGCCAGUGGCAUGUGACCUCAGAGCUACUGACGGGAGCAAAGCACUCAACAGCCACCGUGGAUGUGGCCUGGGCUCAGGGCACGCCCCUGCCUCCCUGGGAAGGCCAGGGGCCCCUGGAGAUCCUGCAGCUGGACUUUGAAAUGGAGAACUUCACCAGCCAGUCGGUCAAGCGGAGGAUUAUGUGGCACAUUGACUACCGUGGCCACGGCGCUUUGCCUGAGCUGGAGAGGGCAGUCACAGAGCUCACGGUCAUCCAGCGGGACGUACAAGCCAUCCUUCCUCUGGCCAUGGACACAGAGAUCAUCAACACAGCCAUCCUGACUGGCCGCACUGUGGCCAUCCCUGUCAAGGUCAUCGCCAUUGAAGUGACCGGCCUCGUGCUAGACGUUUCUGCUCUGGUGGAAUGCGAGUCUGACAAUGAGGAUAUCAUCAAGGUGUCCAGCAGCUGCGACUAUGUAUUUGUGAGCGGAAAGGAGUCUCGAGGGUCCAUGAACGCCAGAGUCACCUUCCGCUAUGAUGUGCUCCAAGCCCCCUUGGAAAUAACCGUCUGGGUACCCAAGCUGCCACUACACAUCGAGCUCUCAGACGCCCGCCUCAGCCAAGUGAAGGGCUGGAGGGUGCCCAUCCUCCCCGACCGGAGGUCAGCCCGGGAGAGUGAGGACGAGGAGGAGGAGGAAGAGGAGCGGCGGCAGAGUGUGAGUCGGGGCUGUACCUUGCAGUACCAGCAUGCCACGCUGCAGGUCUUCACCCAGUUCCACACCACCUCAGCAGAGGGGACCGACCAGGUGGUUACCAUGCUGGGCUCGGACUGGCUGGUGGAGGUCACCGACCUGGUCAGUGACUUCAUGCGGGUAGGUGACCCCCGAGUGGCACAUUUGGUGGACAGCAGCACGCUGGCAGGCCUGGAGCCAGGCACCACCGCCUUUAAGGUGGUGUCCCCGCUGACGGAGGCCGUGCUAGGAGAGACGCUGCUGACAGUGACGGAGGAGAAGGUCACCAUCACACAGCUGCAGGCCCAGGUGGUGGCCAGCCUGACCCUGUCCCUGCGGCCCAGCCCCGGGAGCAGCCACACCAUCCUGGCCACCACGGCCGCUCAGCAGACCCUCAGCUUCCUCAAGCAGGAAGGCCUCCUGAGCCUCUGGCUCUCCUACAGUGACGGCACCACGGCCCCACUCUCUCUCUACAGCCCCCGUGACUACGGGCUGCUGGUGAGCAGCCUGGAUGAGCGUGUGGUCACUGUGACCCAGGAUCGCACCUUCCCACUGGUGGUGGCCCAGGCUGAGGGAGCCGGGGAGCUGCUCCGGGCAGAGCUCAGCAUUUCUGAGAGCUGUCAGAAAACCAAGCGCAAGAGUGUACUGGCCACUACCCUCGUAGGCCUGCGGGUGCACUAUGGAAGGGACGAGGAAGACCCCACCUAUGACUACCCAGGCCCCAGCCAGCCAGGACCCGGUGGGGGUGAGGAUGAGGCCCAAGGAGGCGGCCAGCCAGGCACUGCGCACCCUGCUCCAGGGGUCCCAGGCCAGGGAACCAGCAGUCCCACUGAGGACUAUCUGCCACUGCCCACGGGUUUCCUGCAGAUGCCUCGAGGGCUGACCGACCUGGAGAUUGGCAUGUAUGCCUUGCUGGGUGUCUUCUGCCUUGCCAUCCUUGUCUUCCUCAUCAAUUGCAUCGUUUUCGUGCUGCGCUACCGGCAUAAGCGCAUCCCGCCUGAGGGCCAGACCAGCAUGGACCACUCUCACCACUGGGUGUUUCUGGGCAAUGGACAGCCACUGCGCGUGCAAGGGGAGCUCUCACCACCUGCCAGCAAUCCGCUAGAGACGGUCCCCGCCUGCUGCCACGGUGACCACCACAGCAGCGGCAGCUCGCAGACCAGCGUCCAGAGCCAAGUGCACGGCCGCGGUGAUGGCUCCUCUGGCGGCUCUGCCCGGGACCAGAACGAGGACCCUGCCAGCUCACCCACCUCCAAACGAAAGCGGGUCAAGUUCACCACCUUCACCACUCUGCCCUCUGAGGAGCUGGCCUAUGACUCGGUGCCUGCCGGAGAAGAAGAUGAGGAAGAUGAAGAGGACCUGGGUUGGGGCUGCCCGGAGGUGGCCGGCUCCACGAGGCCCACAGCACCCCCAGACCUGCACAAUUAUAUGCGCAGAAUCAAAGAGAUCGCAUAGGCGGUGGGGAGUGGGUUGAGGGAGGGGUGCAGUAACUGCUCCAACCCCCAGACCCCGGCUCACCCAGGGCAGGCAGCUGGAUGGAUUUAUACUUCCUGCCCCUACAGCUUUGCCCAGCCCUGCUCACAGCUACCCUCUUCUGCCCUCUGCAGGUGGAGGACCCUCCCUCCUGUGGCUCGCAGGGCGGAGGGCCACCCUAAUCUGCCCUGGUGUAGUCCUUCCCAGGCUGCUGCCCUCAUGAGGGAGGGCAGAAGGCCACACCUGGGGCAAAGGGAGUGGGGCCCACACUGUGUCCCAGCCCUCACCUUCCCUCCCUCCCACCCUACCCCUGUGAAGGGGGCUUUGGGGAGUCUUGAGUCACGCUGCAUCAAGACUUUUCUCAAACCAAUAUUCAGGGAUUUCCGUCCUACAGGGUGGGAGGUGCAGUUGCCUGCCCUGCUGAGGAGCUUGCUGUGGACAGGACAUGGGGCAAGGUGGCAUGGUGGUUGGUCGUAGCAUCUGCUGGCUUCUGAGUGUCUCCUAGGCUGUCCCUGGGAGCUGAUUAUACGAAGGGAGCUAGUGCCACAUCAGGCACUUCCCUGAGUUCUCACCCUGCUGUGAGGGCUGUGGGCAGGGACCCUAAAGGGAAGGUUUCUGGGUCCCUCUACAGCCAAGCAGCACCCCAGAGCGCCUGGGUCCACAGAGGGCCUCCGAUGUCCCGCCCCACCCCCCAGCAGGGUCAACACUAUUGCGCCUUAGCCAUCUCCAAUCUGCUGACCCGUCCCUUCCGCAGCGGCAGGGCGGGCAGCACCCACCCCUCACAGGAUAGAGGCUGGGGAUGGGGCAGGAAGAGGUGCAGGCACACUGCGAGGGACCUUGGAGUGGGUACCUGCCCAGGGGAGCUGACAACUCCCCUUCCUCACCCCACAGCCUCUUUCCCUUCGGGUUCUACCCACCACUGUGUCGGUUAUUUCUUAAAUAAACGGGGGCCGUCAGACCUGGGGGUGGGGGCGGCAGCUCCCAGGAAACAGAGCACCUGGUGGCUGGCU